AUUAAUAGUAAUUAUAGGAAAUGAGUAAAACAAAGUAUGAUAAAAUCUGAAAAAAAGGAAAGCAAAAACACAAAGAUGAACAUGUCGGCAAGAAGCCUUUGUAAGUUUGUCAGAGUCAGAGCACAAACUACAGAAAAACAAAAUUAAAUUUAAAAAUAGCACUUUGCUGAGAUUAGUAUCCGCGAGGGCAGCAAAAGAUUUUGUAAAAAAAAUAAAUGUCAAUUAUUAUACUGCUGGUUAUUAUUUCUUAAAUUGUUAUAAUUAUAUCUUAGAAGUUUGUUGAAGAAAUGGUAGCCGAAGAAAUUUAUUUUUUUAAUAAUAAAAAGGUGUUAGUAAUAGCCUGUUUUCUGAUAUAUAAUGUUGAUGUAUUCCAAUGUUUUAGUUCAGCCAACAUUACUAAAGUCCGAAGAAACAGUUACAUCACAAACCUCCAAUUUAGUUAUUGAGAAAAAGGGUGACAAACGGAAAUCUCAAGAGGAAACAGAAUAUAACGACCUCAGAGAAAAACAGAGAAAGUACACUGAAACUCACGAUUUUGGUUAGUGUGGAUUUGUUUUUACAAAUAUGUAUCUCAUUUGUAAUUCAUAAGAAAUUAUGGCAUUUUUAAUAUAGUUAAAAAGGUUACCUCAGUGUUGACUAGUCUUGUUAAAUUCAAGACUCUGAAGUAAAAAUAUGAUUGUAGUGUUCCUGCUUAAAUUUUAAGUUGAAUGAGUGAUGAAACUACACAGAACUAUGACAAUGUAAUCUAAUUUUUUUUUAAAUAUAAAACCAUAGUGCAACAUCAGUAAAAGUUAGAACUGUUUUACCUUUCUAUCUCCAUUUUAAAGUAAGGUGAGAUUCUACCAUUCUCAACAUGGAAAUCUCUUCCACAUUUUCAAUGAAUUUUAGGAAAACUACAUUAACCUAACUUUAAAACUGGUUGAAACUUUUAUUUAAUCAUGUAAAAAGAUGUAAAACUCUAUUUCCCCUUUGACAAAAUGUUUCAGUUCUCUAAUUUAGACUCUGACUACAUGUGGAUUAUUAAAGUGACUUGAAGUCUCCUGACAUCAGUCACACAAUGUAAUAACCUUCCCAAGUUAUACAUGUUAAAUUUCCCAGCAAGCAACGUUUUUUUCUUAUUUUUGUUCUACUGUGUAGUUAGAAAGUGCAUGGAAGAAUUCCAUGCAAAGAUUACACUAAAAACUUGAACAAAUAUUAUUUGCUAUCCUUAAUUUUAAAAAUCUGCUUAUACAGCUUUCAGUUUAAAAGGUUAUGUUGCUGACAGACAAGGAGAACGAGAGGACAUGCAAGAUGCUCAUGUGGUUAUUGAUGAUUUCCAUCUCAACAUAGCAGGGUUACAUGAAUCAAUGUAAGUUGGUCUAUGCAAAAACUAAUCUUAAGUUGGUCAUUUAGUUGGAGAAAGUGAUCAAUUGAUGAUUUCCAUCCAAAUAUACCUUUGUUACAUGAACUAUAUCAAAAUGAUUCUUCAGGUGGUCAUUAAGUUAGAGAAAGUGGUCAUUGAUGAUUUCCAUCGUAUUAUAUCUGGGUCACUUGAAUCAAUGUAAGUUGGUCUACAUAUUUUGUAAAAUUUCUUUUCACAGACUAUAAAGACUGAAAAGAUUAAUUUAUGUACAAUGUAAUCAAAACACUUUUACAUUUUUUGGAUAAAAAAAAAGAAUCUUAUCUUAUCAUAAAUACUAAUCAGAGGUCUGUCAUUUAGUUCAAGAAAAGUUAGCUUCUGUGGUUUUUGUUUUAUAACCGUCUCACUUUUUUGGAAACAGUUGCACAAAUAAAUAAUAAUAAUAAUAAUAAGUGGUCUUAUAUAGCGCGGUACCCCGGCCUAGGGCUGGGCUCACCGCGCUGUACAUAUAUAGCAAAGAGGCAUAAUCAUAAUAUUAAAAUAAAAUACAUAAAUGAAAUAAAAACAACAUAUAAGCAAAACAACACCAUAGGUCUAUUCAUCCACCCACACCAGACAUUUUUACAAGGAAACCCAUGUACGUUUAUCGGUUUAUAGGAGGAGAAUCAGUCAGAGUAGUAUAGUUUAAAUAGAUGUGUUUUGAGUGCAGUUUUGAAGGCCUGUGUGGUUGUUAUAUUGCGGAUGUGUAGUGGCAAAGAAUUCCAUUGUUUGGGGGCGCAGAAAGAGAAAGAUCGUUCACCAUAUAAUUUAGUGCGUGUCUUGGGAACGGACAGAAUACGCGAGUCUGCGGAGGAGCGAAGUUGUCGAAGGGGUGAAUAGACAGAAAGAAGUUCAGUUAGAUAGGAAGGGCAGGAAUCCGAGAAAAAGUUGUGACAGAGAAGAGACAGCUUGUAGUCAAUGCGUGCCUGUAUAGGGAGCCAAUGUAGUGAGUGGAGUAGUGGAGUGACGUGAUCGCGUUUUUUUGCCUUAAGAACAAGCCUAGCAGCAGAGUUUUGAACUUUCUGCAGUUUUUCUAUAAAAUGUUUCGGUGAACCUGACAGAAGUGAGUUGCAAUAGUCAAGACGAGAGAGAACAAGAGCACAGACUAGAGUUUUUGUUGCGCUAACUGUCAGGUAGUGGCGGAUGGAGCUGAUCUGACGGAUGGCGGUGUAUGCUGAACGACAAAUGUGAGAGAUAUGUUUAUCGAGAGACAUGUUGUUAGAAAGAAUAUAACCAAGAUUCCUAGCAGAGGGUGUAAACUGUAUGUCGGAGUUACCUACUUGAAAUGAGGUGGGAAGAGUUGAGGUAGAGGAUGAUUUGUGAUUGUAAAUGAGGAGUGCUUCUGUUUUGUCAUCAUUAAGCUUCAACUUGCUGAGUGUCAUCCAAGACUUGACAUCAUCAAUGCAUCCCCGCAAAGUCUGGACAGCGGAAUCGACAAGAGAUGGAUGGGUAUGCAUGUAUAGCUGCGUAUCAUCUGCAAAUGACUGGUUCUCAACAGCAUGCCUCCCGAGCAAGAGGAGUAGUGGUCUGGUAUACAUUAUGAAUAGAACCGGACCCAAAACGGACCCCUGUGGCACUCCGUACACCAAAUCAGCACUGCCGGAGAGACAGCCAUCGACAGAGACCAUUUGCGUUCUAUCGGAGAGGUAGGACCUAAACCAAGCCAAAACCGAACCAGAAAUUCCAAAGUAGUUUUCAAGGGUUUUGAAAAGGAUUUCAUGGUCAACAGUGUCAAAGGCCGCACUGAGGUCUAAGAGGAUCAAAAUGGAGACAUUACCGCUGUCCAUUGCGCGCAAGAGGUCAUUACUGACUCUCAAGAGAGCUGUCUCCGUGCUAUGGAAAUGUCUAUAGGCCGACUGAUUAGAACUGAGAAGAGAGUGAUCAUUUAAGUAAGCAAAAAGUUGUUUUAGGACUAGUUUUUCAAUAACUUUAGAUAAAAAUGAUAAGUUAGAUACAGGUCUAUAGUUUUUUAAAUUAUUUUCAUCCAGACCGGGCUUCUUAAGCAAUGGUUUGAUGACAGCUGAUUUGCAAAAAAUCGGUUACCUGAAAUUUGAUCUAAAGAAAUUUCGUCGGCGGUAAAUUGAUAGACGGAAAUUUGAUCAAACGGAAAUUUGGUCGAAUCUUUUUUUCAGUUCACGCGUUAAAAUGUUCAUAAAAUUUCAUUUUGAACGCACUAUACUAUAUAGUAAAACACAUUAAUGCGUUCAAAAAGAAAUUUGAAGCAAAAUUUUUACGUAAAAUUUUUCUUUUAAUCAAAUUUCCACGGAUACGAACAAAAUCUCAUACACAUGAAUUUCGCAUGCCUGCUCUGAUUUGGUCAGACUCUUCUGUAUAACCUGCUAAUCGCAAGUGUGAUGGACAUUUUUCAAUCUGGGUUUUUUGACUUCCCAAGAAUAGUCACCAUACUAGGCUGAUGUUUCCCAUUCUGUCUGGCUAUGGGUAACUUUACGAUACAUUUGAUUUCACUACCUCUUAGUGUUAAGAGGCAGAUGCAUCACUGCUGUGACAUUUUUUGUCUAAUUUCUAAACAAUGACAGGAGAUUCCAAAAUUAAUCAGAGAAUAAAGAACAUUCACCCAAAGAUUUAUCUUUAAAAAAUACUAUGAUGGGGGAGGGUUAAUUAAUCUCCUUAAUGCAUUUUUACAAAUUUUUCCAGACAUCGUCUAGCCUUGUAUGCUGUCUUCGAUGGACAUGGCGGUGUCAGAGCUUCAAGGUUUGCAUCCCAGCAUUUGCACAAUAAUCUACGUGAUAAAUUCCCUAAGGGUAAUUCUUGUCGACCCUCUCCUUAAACUUACCAAAUGGGCUAUUUUCAAAAAAUUAAUGUGGCCACUUUCAUUGAAUUCUUAACAGCUGUUGUAUUUUGUUAAACACUGGUGCUGUUUUUUUAAUUAGUUUAUGACAAAGACAAGAUGUUAAGCAUCAAAUAAUAAUUUUUUAAAAAUUUUUUAAAUACCCCAGUAAUAUAACUUUUCUAAAGUUGCUAUUUUUUAAUUACUUUUUUUAUUCAGACCACCAUAAGCACUUUUUGUGUGUUAAUUACUUACAUUCUUUAAGCACUUAAUUUUGUUAACAUAAAGAAAAUAAUUUUGCUUGUCAUAAAUGAAUUUUGAUGGUAUCUUAUUUUUUUUUUUUUUUUACAAUCCGGUUUCAGGGGACAUCACCCAUGUUGAGAAAGAGAUCAAGAAAAUUUUCAUUGAGGCUUUUAAAAAAACAGAUGAAGACUUUUUGAAAGAAGCUACCAGGAAGUAAUUUUAUUUAUUUUUAAAAAAUAGAUUUUCAAUUACUUCAUUUUUAAUUUUAUUAUUUAUUUAUGUUUAAAAUAAAUCUUCUGAAAGGCUUUUAAUUAUAGCCUACUGAUUGUUAUUGGUAAAUUGUUUCAAAUUAAUUGUUAGAAUGCUUAUUUUAGUAUUGUAAACAAAAGAAAGUUUUUUUUUGUUUUUUUUCAUAUAACAGUUAAUAAUUUAAUUAUUAUUUUUAAUUUAUAAUAUGGUAAAACAUUUUUUUGAUUAGUUGCAUCUUAAUUAACAAACUAAUUUGGUUCUUUGAUCUUUUUAUAGAACUAUAUUUAUCUUUCUAUUUCUUUUUAAUAACAUUAUGAUGUUUAAUUUUUCUCUUUCGACUUAUAUUUUUUUAAAUUCUGCCUCUCAGUAAACCGUCCUGGAAAGAUGGAACAACCGCGGUUGUUGUGUUAGCUGUUAAUGACACUCUUUACAUAGCAAAUCUGGGAGACAGUAAGGUGUGUAAGCUUGACUUAUAAAACAAGGGUACAUUGGAUCAUAUAAUUUUUUUCUACAUAUCCUUUGUGGAUGAUGGUUAGUAGUCUGGUAAAUCUUGUUUAAAUAUCUCAUUAAGAGCUACUAAUUGAGAAUCUGCUAUAAACCAUUUUCUGUCCAUGCCAGGCAGUGUUAUGCAGAUACAAAGAUGUGGAACAGAAGUGUGUUGGUAUUCCACUCACGACAGAUCACAGUCCCUCGUUGUAUGAGGAGAGAAUGAGAAUACAGAAAGCUGGUGGAAAUGUCAGGUGAAUUAUUUAUUCAUUUUUUAGAAAAACCCUUUUAAGUAAAUUUCUCUGAUGACUAAGCCAAGAUAAGGUUUGCUAUUCUUGGGGCCAGUAAAUAUUUGAAGUAAAACAAAAACUACUAACAUCAGCCCUAAAAGAUAACUGAAGACUUGUUGACACGUCUUCUGCUGAAUAGGAAAAAUGUUAAAUUGUGUUUUCCCAAAUGAUAGAUAUGUAGAUCACUUUCGUAUUUUAAGAUUUUUUUGUUUCCGCUUAACAUUUUUGUCUUGCUUAAAAAUUAGAAUCUUAGUUUGAAAGUUUUUGUGUUUUUUUUCAUGGACACUGUUACGCACUGACUUGUAUUGGGAGAAAUUAAUCUCCUAUUUUAAUUUUAAUUGGCUCGUUGUAAACAGUGCCUAACAAAGGACGAUACCAUAUAAUCAACAAUAUUAAAGAUACGACCCAAAACAGUUUCUAGUUACAAUUAAUUAAGAUUUAUUAUGUCUUAAGAUAAUUACAAAAUAAAAUAAAAUAAAAUUACAAUCUUCAACUUACAGUAUGGCAGAUGUCGUACCGGUACACAGUUAAUACAAUUAGAAAUAAUGAUGCCAAUAAAUAAUGCGAAAUAAACACAUAUAAGUAGGAGCACACAAAUACACAAAGAAUAAAACACGCCUCGUAAUGUUAAGAGAAUCUAUAAGAAAAUCUCCGUCCCUCGUCCGUGCCUGUCAAUCCCUUAUAUAGGUGGGUCUACCGACGCCCAAGCCCUGCCUUCGAGACAUUUCGAGAAAAAUCCCAAUCAUUCUACCAAAUACUAUUUGGAACAGAUUAAUUAUUUUUAUUCGUUGGCGGCGUCAACAAGAUACUUCAAAGGCCUAAGCCACACCCCUUUGUGAACACAGCGUCUCAUGCGGGGUCAAUCAGAGGGCACGCACGAGAAAUAUGAUGUAAACAAGCUCUCUAUAACACCUCCCCUCUUAAAAGAAAAAAAUUUCAUUGUUCAAAAAUGGAAUUCUUUUUCCAUUAAAAUUGAAGAAAGUACAUUUCUUACUCUCAAAAUAUUUGACAAAAAACUUCUUAACAGCUUAUAAACAAUAACAUAAGUGAAAAUUAAUUUCUGGACAAAGUAUCUGCAAUGACAUUGUCUUUGCCUUUAAUAUGUUUGAUGUCCAAAUUAUAUUCUUGUAAAAAUAGGCUCCAUCUUAACAAUCUUUGAUUUUUGGAGACCAUCUUAUUCAAAAAUGUUAAAGGAUUGUGAUCAGUAAAAACAAGUACUGAAUGUAAAGAACAACUGACAUAAAAAUCAAAUUGUUGGAGAGCAAGAAUUAAACCUAAACAUUCCUUUUCUACAGUGGAAUAGUUUUUCUGAUGUGAGUUGAAUUUCUUUGAGAAAUAAGAGACAGGAUGAUCUACAUUGUGGUCAUCUUCUUGAAAAAGAACUGCACCAAUGCCAACAUCACUGGCAUCUACAGCUAAUUUAAACUGUUUGUUAAAGUCUGGUGCAAUGAGAACAGGAGCAUUAGCAAGUAUAUUUUUAAUGUUUUCGAAUGCUUCCUGACAAGCAUCUGACCAAUGAAAUUUUGCAUUUUUCUUUAACAUAUUACUUAAAGGAGAAGCAAUAACUGAGAAAUUUUUGCAAAAUUUUCUAUAAUAACCUGCCAUUCCCAAAAAUCUCAUUAACUGUUUUCUAGUAGUGGGUGGUGGAAGUGAUACAAUAGCAUUUAUCUUAGCUUGAACAGGCUUUACAUGACCUUGACCCACUAUGUGACCUAAAUAUUCCACAGUUGCAUGACAAAAUUCACAUUUAUUUAAAUUUACAGUUACAUUUGCCUGCAAAAAUUUUUUAAACAGAGAUCUUAAUUGGUUUACAUGAGUUGAAAAAUCUUGACUGUAAAUAAUUACAUCAUCAAUAUAGGCGCUGCAAUUUUCCUGGUCAGCAAUAAUGUUAUUUACAAGACGUUGGAAUGUAGCUGGGGCAUUUUUCAUUCCAAACGGCAUUACUUUAUAUUGAUAUAAACCAUCUGGAGUACAAAAAGCAGAGAUUUCUUUUGCUCUGUCAGAUAGAGGAACCUGCCAAUAACCUGAUAGUAAGUCUAUCUUGGUUACAUAUUUGGCAUCACCUAUUCGAUCUAUAAGAUCGUCUAUCCUUGGAAUCGGAAAGGAAUCAGUCUUUGUGAAUGCAUUCACUUUCCUGAAGUCAGUACAAAACCUGUAACUUUUGUCAGGCUUUGGGACUAAAAUACAUGGUGAACUCCAGUUACUAGAGCUUGGUUCAAUUAUAUCAUUUUCAAGCAUGUAUUUUAUUUCAGACCGGAUUAUUUCAAGUUUUUCCGGAUUGACCCUAUAGGGGUGUUGCUUGACCGGAACUGCAUUGCCAAUGUCAACAUCAUGUACAGCAAUGUUGGUUUUAUUAGGUACAUCAGGGAAGAGUAAAACAAAAUCUGCAAUAACAGACUUAACAACAUCCUUCUCUGACAAUGACAAAUGUCCUAGUUUCUUAUCUAAGUUGGCCAAUAUUUCUGAAUUUUUAAGUUUAUAAUUACCAACUUUUUCUGGGACACUAUCAAAGGUUUCAGUAACAUUUUCUUUAAGUACUGAAGUUACAGUUGAGAUUGUGUUAACAUUUGUUUCUGAGGAUGGACAAUGAUCAUCACAUUUUCUAUCAAAAUAUUCUUUUAACAUGUUAAUGUGACAUAACUGUUUCUUUCUUUUACGAUCUGGUGUUAACACAAUGUAAUUUAAAUCAUUGAUUUUGGACUCAACAACAUAAGGACCAAAAUAUCUAGCUUGUAGUGCUUGCCCUGGUAUCGGCAAAAGCACAAGCACUUUGUCCCCUGAAGCAAACUGUCUGAAUUUUGACUUUUUGUCAUACCAAACUUUCAUUUUAGAUUGUGAAUCUUUUAAAUGUGUUUUAGCCAAAUUAACGGCAUUAAAAAGUUUAGUUUUAAAUUUUUGGACAUAGUCAAGAAGUCCUUCCGUGGGUGCCGAUGACAUCCACGUGUCUUUUAAAAGUUUAAGGGGACCGCGAACCGUGUGGCCAAACACCAGUUCGAAGGGGCUGAAUCCAAGUGAUUCUUGAACUGCUUCUCUUGCGGCGAACAGUAGCAUGUUGAUGCCUUCAUCCCAGUCUUUCUCUUGUUCUAGGCAGUAGGUUCUCAUCAUGUUCUUCAACGUCUGAUGGAAUCGCUCAAGUGCUCCCUGUGACUCAGGAUGAUAUGCACUCGACAAGCAGUGUUCUAUGCCCAACUGGUUCAUCACUUGUUUGAAUAUUCCAGCCUUGAAGUUGGUUCCUUGGUCAGACUGUACAGACUUCGGAAGACCAAACAAUGUAAAAAACUUCGUCAAGGCUUUGACGAUGUUCGGAGUCUUGAUAUUGCGAAGAGGAAUAGCUUCUGGGAACCUUGUUGACGCACACAUGAUUGUCAGCAAGUAUUGGUGACCUGAUUUUGUCUUUGGCAGAGGUCCAACGCAGUCUAUAAUAACGCGACUGAAAGGUUCUUCGAAUGCUGGAAUGGGUUGAAGAGGAGCUGCUGGUAUCUUCUGAUUUGGUUUCCCUACAACCUGACAAGUAUGACAUGAUCUGCAGUAUUCAACCACAUCUUUCUUGAUUUUGGGCCAAAAGAAGUGCGACGUGAUUUUGUGAUAUGUCUUCUUUACUCCCAAAUGACCUGAAAGUGGUGAGUCAUGGGCUAAGUUCAGGACUUCGUUCCGGAAUGGGGUAGGAACUACUAUUUGAUGAACUAUCCUCCAUUCUUCAUCAGCAUUUGCGUCUGGAGGUCGCCAUUUCCUCAAAAGUAUGUCAUCUUGAAGGUAAUAACAUAUAGGGAAUUGUUCAGCUUCUUCUUGGGUCAAAGCGUUCUCUCGAAGUUUGACUAUUUCUGGAUCACUCUUCUGUUCUUCAAUAAGUUGCAUUCGAGUUGGAGUCUUGUAAUUACUAUCCUCUUCAUUUAGACUUGCAAAAAAUGUUUUUCCCAGGUCAAUUUCAGGAAGAAUUUUAUUGCCUUUUUGUGAAAUCUCUUUUGUGGAGAUCUUGGAACUCAUGGCCCUUGUCACAGCACAUGCUGGAUACAAUUCUUGAUCUUCUUCUUGAUUUUCAUUUAAACAAGGUUCAUGAGUAACGAUGGGCUCGGCUAUCACCUUCCCACCAGCUAAGUCAUUGCCUAGCAGCAACGAGAUGCCGUCCAACGGUAAUGUUGGUCGGACACCCACAACCACAGGUCCGGAGACUAAGUCUGAUUUUAGGUUGAUGAGAUGUAAAGGUACAUCUAUGCAUCCAAGCUCUACACCUCGUAACAGGAUGUUGCUCCCAGUAGCAGUAGAUUCAGACAAGGGAAGUAUACCCUCAAGUAGUAAGGACUGUGAAGCACCUGUAUCUCGUAAAAUUUUGAUUGGUUGUAGACUGGAAAAAUCACCUGGCAGUGAUACGAAUCCUUCCGAUAUGAAAGGCAUGAAGUCUUGUAUGACAUCAGUAGUUUCUGAUGUAGAAUUUUUGACCUUGGUAGGUAAACUCUUGUUGGAGUCUUGAGAACAUUCGGCUAGGGUAGAGGAAGUAAAACUCUGGGUAGAGUCGUCAAAACUUGCACACAAGUCCUCAGUAAAACGCCCUCUGGAGGUAGACCUCUUCUUGGAGCAAAAGGAUCUUGGCGACAAGCUCAUAAAACUCGCAGUCGAAGCAGGAACUUGGCUGGAGUCAGUAAAACUAGCCUUAUUGUUCAUUUUGAAACUCUUUGAUGAGUCGUGACAAACCUCUUUGAAGUUUGUAUGGACAUCUGGAGAGCAAAAACUCUUGAAUUUUGAAAAUGUGUUUCCAGAUGUAUGACGAGACGUACAAGCGGAGACUUUGUGUUGUGUACCAGGAUGUGUGGUCUUCUCAGUUUUCUUCUUGAGUUUCCAGCAAUCAUCCCUCGUAUGUCCUUCUUUUUUACAGUAGGCACAUGUGUCUUUUGCACCAAUUUCUUUCGUACCGGGCUUGAAUGGUUUUUGUGGAGGUUUACUGUAAGUUGAUACAGCUGUCUUAUUGUGCCUGUCAUUUUUGGUGUCAGAUGGAUUCUUGGAAAGUUGAUGUGAGAUGGUGAAGUCGUCGGCUAACACUGCUGCCGUAUGUGCGUCACCUUCGCCACGGUCUGCAAUAUGUAUUCGCACUUCAGUACGAACACAGUUCUUGAACUCCUCCAUCAGAAUGAGGUUCUUGAAUUUCUUGAAGUCUGUCUCGGUGUUGGUUGCGUGCAGCCACUUGUCCAGGAGCCGUUCCUUUUCCCGGAGGAACUCAACAUGAGUCUGGCCAUCACGUUUCCACAGUUCCCUAAACUUUUUACGGUAUGCUUCGGGGACACAUUCAUAAGCCUUAAGUAUUAAUGAUUUUACUAGGUUAUAGUCCCCGCGCUGUUCCGCAUUCAGGGACACAAAGACUUCAGAUGCCCUUCCGGUCAAGGCUGGUUGAAGUAAGGUGGACCACAUAGUUUCAGGAAUUUUAAAAUUUUGGGCAGUUAUCUCAAACUGCGCAAAAUAUUGGUCAACCUCUUUUUCUGUAAAUUUAGGGAUUACUUUUGCAAAUUUAAUUGCAUCGCAACCUUGACCGGCUGGAGCCGUGAGUCUAUUUUCCAUUGCUCCCAAAUUGGCUGUUAUUUCCAUUUCUUUUAAUUUGAUUUGUAGCUCUUUCUGUGCUUCCAGCUCCAGCUGUUUAAGCUCACGUUCUUUAUCUAGCUCCAGCUGUUUAAGCUCACGUUCUUUUUCUCUCUGGGCAUCUAGUUCCAUUUGUUUGAGCUUUAGUUGGAGCUCCAUACUUGGAUCAGUCGGUUGUGUGACUGAGGCCAGUUCAUCUUCAGAUAACAUGUCUUCAUCCACAAAGUGAACGAUGAUCAUGUCUCGUAUGGUCUUUUUUACGGCCGAAUGAGCUACAUUUAUUUCUAGAGCUUUAGCAAUGGAAAAUAGCUCCUUCCUAGAACAUUUGUCUAAUGCCUCUACUGAUGGGUUUUCAAUAUCAAAAUCCAUUUUGACACAGGCAAAAUAUAACAAUGAUUUUUUAUAAAAAUUUAAGCUUAGUGCACACACUAAUGAAAAAAUUGUAACCAGCUCUGUUGUUGGUGUCGUAAAAUGGUAUCGUGAACUCAAAUUAGUUUGAGUGUAUAAAAGUAAACAGUGGGUCAAAAUCCACAGAAAAACACUCAAUUUAUUAUUGGUGUAAUAAAAAUUAUGGAUUAAAAUUAUCCUCGGAAAAGAACACAAUUUGUUAAAAUUGGGGUCUAAUGAGAAUAAAAUAUGGAUUCGGUUAUCGCGGACGAUGCCCCCAAUUUGUUAGAAUUGGGGUCUUGAGAAAAAUAAUAAUAUAGAGUCCGCUAUAUCCGGGACGAGCAUUACACAGUUAAUACAAUUAGAAAUAAUGAUGCCAAUAAAUAAUGCGAAAUAAACACAUAUAAGUAGGAGCACACAAAUACACAAAGAAUAAAACACGCCUCGUAAUGUUAAGAAAAUCUAUCGGAAAAUCUCCGUCCCUCGUCCGUGCCUGUCAAUCCCUUAUAUAGGUGGGUCUACCGACGCCCAAGCCCUGCCUUCGAGACAUUUCGAGAAAAAUCCCAAUCAUUCUACCAAAUACUAUUUGGAACAGAUUAAUUAUUUUUAGUGGCUGGCGGUGUAUACAAGGAUACUUCAAAGGCCUAAGCCACGCCCCUUUGUGAACACAGCGUCUCAUGCGGGGUCAAUCAGAGGGCACGCACAAGAAAUAUGAUGUAAACAAGUUCUCUGUAACAGACACCAAAAAACUUUCCUAAGUUAUUUAAUAAUAGUUCGCUUGGUGCUUUGUUUAAUGCUGUAGGGAAGGACGUGUGAUGGGAGUCCUAGAAGUGGCCCGGUCAAUAGGGGACGGACCUUACAAGAACCAUGGGGUCACUUGCAUACCUGACAUCAAGAAAUGUCAGCUGACAGAGCAUGACAGGUGGGUUAACUUAACAGGAAACAUUUGGCUUGAAAUUAGUCAGUUUUGUUCUUUUUAAUGUCACAGUUAAGUUUCACACUAAAAAGCACAACCUAGGUUCACUAUUAUAGACUGAUAGAAGUUCGUGCCUUUCCUUUUUACUUACAUGUUCUCAAAACAAAAUAAUGUUCCAUAUGGGUAUUGACAUAAAUAUUUUGUGAUUCAGGAACUUAGAAAAACACCAGUUGUGCUAUUAGGUGUCAAUAUGUAAAAUCAGUAAAGUCAAUGAGACCAUGAGAGUAACUUUUAUAGCUCAAGUUCAAAAUUCUUUGUCUUUCCCCAAAAUAAAAAGAUGUUAGGAACAGAGAUCCUUUUUACUCUAAAAUACUUUGUCAUAAUUCCGUUACUUCAUCAUUGGUUUUUGAAGAUUUGGUGACAGCACGUCAUAUUGCUUCCAUUACAAAUAUGUAAAAAAAAUCAUUAAUAUUUGUAAUAAUAAAAAGAAUUAUUUUAAGUAAUAAUUUUAUGUAAAAGGUAUUGUACACUUAACAUCUACAAAUAAAGUUAAAAUUUAAGCUUGUUGUAUCUUGUUAAUGGGAUUACAUUUAAGUCAAUCUGCAGAUUCCAAAACUCUUAUUGGUACAUUUCAAGCUCCUGAAAAAAGUUUUAAAAAUUCCACCAAUAAAUUUGCAGUAUUUUUAAGGGAUGUAAUUCAUAGAAAUUUGUGCAAACCUUGAUCCCAAAUGUUAGCAGAUUCAAACUUGCUCAAUAUUUUUGUCAAGCUGUUGCGAUUCAUAUUUUCUGUCUUCUAACUUGGUCAAAAUCCUUGUUAAGCUGUUGUAAUUAAUAGUUUCUAUCUUCAGGUAUCUCAUGAUUGCUUGUGACGGCCUGUGGAAAAGUUACAGCAUAGAUGAAAGCAUUCAAUAUGUCAACAAAAUACUGGAGGUAUGUUUGAGGAUGGAUCAUUAAUGAGAGAGUCAAUGGAUUAUUUGUUAGCUGGACUGGGAUUUUGUGUGAGGUUACUGAGAUAGUCAGUCAUGAGUUGGUCUAUGAUGUUACUUAGAUGGUCAGUCAGUAGUUGGUCUAUGAAUUAAUGAAAUAAAUGAACAAGGUGCUGGAGUCAUUAUGGUAUCCUUAAAAUGUAACUCUAUUUAUUAACGGAAUGAUGGCUUCUCUUUGUCCAGGACAAAUCCAUCCAGGCCAGUGGCAAACGAUCAGAGGAAGACAUGAAAUUCGACUCGGUGUGCAGCAAGCUGGCGAACUCUGCGGUGCUGAGGUUGAGUGGAGACAACGUAACUGUCGUUGUGGUGGCCAUUCAUAAAAAGUAAAAUACACAGCAGAAUCAAAUUCAAUCAUUGGGGUUGGUGAGUUCAUUCUAGGAAUGCCUCACAUGAAAGGUACCGGACGAAUGUUAUAGCCAUAAUUCAGUGGUUUCCAUAAGGGACAAAUACUAUAGCCAUAAUGCAGAGUUUUCCAUAAGGACUAAAGAGUGACACUGCACUGGUUUCCAAGCUUAUGUUUCACUCACACCCUAGCGCCUUGAUGAAACCAAAUAAAUUGCUCCGUCUUAGAUGCCUUUCCUUGCGGAAUUAUAGAUCUAUUUUUUUGUAAAGGUUAUGAACUGAAAACCUAAGAAUAUUUGCUAAGGAAAAUAUUAAAAUAUGAUUACGAGCUAAGGGAAAUUACUAAAAUAUGAUUACGUACCAAGGGAAAGUAUUAAUUAAUAUUUAAUGUGACUUUUUAAUUUUAAAAUGUGUUCAUGGAAUGUAACAAAUCUAUUGAAUAAAUUGUGACAUAAACGGAAUGUAUGAAAUUCAAUGAAUCAAUUGUGAAGUGUGUUGAUGGAAGUUAUACAAUUUAAUGGAAUAAUUGUUUCAAUUAAAAUGUUUUGCUCACAGAAUUAAUUAUUUUUUAUAUCUGGAUUACUGUUGAACCCAUUCUCCUCCAAAAGUAACCUGGUGAUGUCAUAAAAAGAAGUGCUAGGAAUAACAGUGUUUUUAGAAAUUAUUUAACGAAAAAAAGUUACAAGGAAAAAAAUCACGGAAAAGACUUUUACAUUUAGCCAUUAAUUUUUUUUUAUUUUAAUGUUGAUUUUAGAGGCGACUCCACAUAUUUGAGUGUCUCUGUAUUGCUCAAAUAUGUGUGUCAAAUUGCAG